AUGGUUGAGAUAAGUCAUGCUGCGGCUGGCGUCGCGGGAUCUACUGCAAUGGCUUCAGUAGUAUCCGUUAUUGUGACUGCGUCAGUGAUGUCCAGUAGUGGCGAGCCAGUGUGCCAACAGAUAGACAUAGAUGAAUGUAAAGACAACCCAUGUCGAAAUGGAGGAGAGUGUCAAGAUGGCGUCAACUCCUAUACGUGUGAUUGCAUAUCAGGAUUUGAAGGAAAUAACUGUGAAAGAAGCAUUGACGACUGCAGGCCUAAUCUAUGUUUAAAUGGUGCUCUCUGUGUAGAUGGUCUAAACAGCUUCACCUGCAGUUGUAUUGCUGGGUUUGAGGGAGAGUACUGCCAGAUUCCCAUUGAUGACUGUGACCCCAACCCUUGUCAGAAUGGUGGAACAUGUGUGGAUGGGUUGGCCUCGUACACAUGUAACUGCGGCGAGUUAUUUGAAGGAGUUAAUUGUGAAAUAGAUAGACCACGGUACAUCGCAAUUGAUGAAGCGGGAGUUUCUUGGACGGACGCAAGAGAUGGUUGUAUCAGCAUUUCAGCUCACUUGGCAAAAGUUCAUUCUGCAAAACAACAUUGUGAUAUUUGUAAUUUUCUCCGAGAAAGCAGGGAACUAACAGGGAUCAUCGGAGAUCGUUGGUUUGGACUCAAUGCUUUAGAAACUGUUGGGUCAUUUGUAUAUGCUGAUGGUGAAGCAAUGACUUAUUCUCAUUGGCAUAACAACCAGCCCACUAAUGGCGCAAAUGAUAAUUGCGUAAUACUGAAAUCCAAUUGGGGUUUUGAUUGGAAUGAUAUAGGCUGUGAUCAUGAGGUAGUUGGAUAUAUUUGUGAAUAUGACU